UGUGUGCGUGUGUGGUUCUGCCAAACUGGGGGCCUGCCUCAGAUACGCAAGUCGUAAAAUGGGGACCUCAAAUAGUCUGGGGACUUGAUUUAAGUCCCCAUAUUUUUUUAUUGCUUAAAUCAAAAAAAUAGCAUGUUCUAAACCUAAAAAAUAUCGAAAAGUAUCUAGUCCCAUUUUCGGGUUUUCAUCAGACAUGUGAUUACACAGAUACCGUGCGGAUUGUAGUUGCCAUCUUCACUUACGCACCUCUGACGAUACACAUGUUCGAAAUGCGCAUGCGCGUGUGUAUAGAAAACGGAAAUGCCAUUUUGUUGAAGCGGGGGAAAAGUAUGUCGAGAAGAAGUCGGAGGGAACGGGGAAGGCCAGGUCAACAUGGUCAAAGAAUCAUUGACCGGGAUGCCUUUUAUAUUAAAGAAACUCCGAAUAAAGGAAGAGGUGUAUUUACAAAGAAAGAAUUUGGACAAAAUGAAUUCCUAUUACCGUAUGAAGGAGAGUUAUUAGAGAAAGAACCAGAUGUAGAUGACACAUAUAUUUUUGAAUUUACAUUCAAAGGAAAGCCUUAUUGGGUUGAUGCUUCAAAAGAAGAUGGAUCAUUUGGACGUCUGUUAAAUGAUGAUCAUAUCCAUCCAAAUUGUAGACCAAAAGUGAUGGAGAUUGAUGAAAAGCCAGUCAUUUGUUUUUUCUCUCUAAGGCCAUUAUCCUCAAAUACAGAACUGGUAUAUGACUAUGGCCCAGGCAACAUCUAUCCUUGGAGAGGAAAGUUCGGAAUGCUACGGAAUCACCAGAAAAACUUAACAGCAGUGUACCUAGGAAUGCCACAGAUUCUCUAGAAAAACCUGACAGCUGUGUACCUGGGAGUGCUACAGAUUCUUCAGAGAAACCUGACAGCAGUGUACCCGGGAAUGCCACAUAUUCUCCAGAGAAACUUGACAGCAGUGUACCUGAGAAUGCCACAUAUUCUCCAGAGAAACUUGACAGCAGUGUACCUGAGAAUGCCACAGAUUCUCCAGAGAAACCUGACAGCAGUGUUCCUGGGAAUGCCAAAGAUUCUGCAGAAAAAGUUGACAGCAGUGUACUUGAGAAUGCCACAUA